CACAUUCUCCGUCUCGCCACGGUCGCGGUCGUGGUCUCGCUCCGGCAAACCCAAUGGCCGCCGCCGUCCCCAACGGCCACACCGCCGCCGCCGGAGACGACGACGCACCACCCGCCGCUUCGUCGUCGUUGGUGUUCCUGGGCACGGGGUGCUCGAGCGCGGUCCCGAACGCGCGGUGCCUGAUCCAGCCCCCCGACCCACCCUGCCCCGUCUGCUCCCAGUCCCUUUCCGUCCCGCCCGAGUUAAACCCUAACUACAGGUGCAACACUUCUCUUUUGAUUGACUAUUGCCAAGAUGAACGUGCACAUAAGUAUAUUAUAAUAGAUGUUGGGAAGACAUUCAGAGAACAAGUUCUGAGAUGGUUUGUUCGCCACAAAAUCCCUUGCGUUGAUUCUAUUCUUCUGACUCAUGAGCAUGCAGAUGCGAUCUUGGGCCUUGAUGAUGUUCGGGUCGUACAGCCAUUUAGUCCCACAAAUGAUAUUGAUCCAACCCCAAUUUAUCUCUCUCAAUUCGCUAUGGACAGCAUCUGCCAAAAGUUCCCCUAUUUGGUCAAAAAGAAAUUAAAGGAAGGGGAGGAGGUUAGACGAGUUGCUCAACUUGAAUGGAAGAUAAUUGAGAGUGAUAUUCAGAAACCAUUCACAACUUCAGGGCUAGAGUUUGUUCCCUUGCCGGUGAUCCAUGGUGAAGACUACAUUUGUUUGGGUUUCCUUUUCGGAAGGAAAUCAAAAGUUGCUUACAUAUCAGAUGUUUCACGGUUUCCCCCAAGCACAGAAUAUGCAAUUUCAAAAUCUGGAGGAGGGCAACUUGAUUUGCUCAUCUUGGAUUGCCUAUACAGGACGGGUUCUCACAAUGUGCACUUGUGUUGGGACCAGACACUAGAUGCUGUUAGGAGGAUUUGCCCCAAAAGAGCACUGCUUAUUGGGAUGACCCACGAGAUGGAUCAUCACAAGGACAACCAAACAUUGGAAGAAUGGUCCAGGAGGGAGGGGAUUGACGUGCAGUUAGCUCGUGAUGGCUUGCGUGUCUACAUUGAUCUGUAGCCGUGAAAGGAAAAUAUGCCAUACUCAGCGAACCGCGCCAGGCUUUCUGGCUGAUGUAACAUCCAUUCCCACUUGUGAAGAAAGUGCAAACUGACUAAAAAGGCGAGCCUAUUUGGUGCAUCAUUUUACGUUUCGCUAGUUUAUACGUGAAUCUCUGAAUAAAAAAGAGAAAAAGAAAAGAAAAGAGAGAGAGUAGCCACUUGCUAGUAGCUGGUUCAGUGCCCCGGCAAAUUAAUGGCCAUCUCCCUGGUAAAGGUAGUCGAAUGUUCUUGUAAUCUUGUCAAUUGGAAGCUACACUGCACUGGAUGCAUGCCCACCAGUCGAACUGAGCAUGCGAUUUUUUUUCCCUCGGUCGCGCCCGGGUCAUGUAUUGUAGUAUACCGUAAGAGGAAAGUCGAUUGAGCAUGUUCGUGGCGCCAGACCGAGCCACACGAUCUCCAAGACUCUUGCUUGUGAAGAGCACGCAGAUGACUCCUACUCUAGGUUCACCAAUGUUUGUCGCUCAAACUUUUUAAGUUUGACUAGAUUUAUAAAAUAUAUUAGU